GCCUUUCUUCUUCCCUCUUCUCUUUCUCUAGUUGAUACAACUCGAAGCAAUCAGAGUCUAUUUCUUUGAAUUUGAGCUCUAGAGGCUUUGCCAGCAAGUUACCGGAGCAAUGGGAGAUCUCUCAUCGAGCAAUAGCUCCGGCGAGGGUCGGACGGUCCCGAAGGUCCCGAUCCCUGGCAAGAGAAACAUACUUAUCACUAGCGCCUUGCCUUAUGUCAAUAACGUCCCUCACCUUGGCAAUAUCAUCGGCUCUGUUUUGAGCGCUGAUGUUUUUGCUCGAUAUUGCCGGCUUCGAGGCUACAAUGCCUUAUACAUAUGUGGGACUGAUGAGUAUGGAACAGCAACAGAGACCAAGGCCAUGGAGGAGAAUUGCACCCCAAAAGAGAUUUGUGACAAGUACCAUGCAAUUCAUAGGGAAGUUUAUAAAUGGUUUAAUAUAAGUUUUGAUGAAUUUGGACGAACAUCAACUCCACAGCAGACCGAAGUUUGCCAAGCAAUUUUUAAAUUAUUGUUAGAGAACAAUUGGCUUUCUGAGAACACAAUUCAGCAGCUAUACUGUGAUACAUGCAAAAGGUUCUUAGCUGAUCGGCUUGUAGAGGGUAUUUGUCCAACUGAAGGGUGUAAUUAUGAUUCUGCACGAGGAGAUCAAUGUGAAAAGUGUGGAAAGCUGUUGAAUCCAACAGAGUUAAAAGAUCCUAGGUGCAAGGUUUGUUGCAACACUCCACAUAUUCGUGAUACAAAUCACUUGUUUCUUGAGCUUCCUCUGCUAAAGGAUAAAUUGGUAAAGUAUAUUGAGAGCAUGUCAGUAGCUGGAUCUUGGAGCCAGAAUGCUAUUCAAGCAACGUAUGCUUGGUUGAAAGAAGGAUUGAAGCAACGAUGUAUUACUAGAGAUCUGAAGUGGGGAGUUCCAGUUCCGCAUGAGAAAUUUAUGGACAAGGUUUUCUAUGUCUGGUUUGAUGCACCUAUUGGAUAUGUCUCUAUCACUUCAUGCUACACACCUGACUGGGAGAAGUGGUGGAAGAAUCCUGAAAAUGUGGAGCUUUAUCAGUUUAUGGGAAAGGAUAAUGUGCCAUUCCACACUGUGAUGUUUCCAUCAACACUUCUAGGAACUGGUGAAAAUUGGACCUUGAUGAAGACUAUAAGUGUUACUGAAUACUUAAACUAUGAAGCAGGAAAGUUUUCGAAGAGUAAAGGUAUAGGUGUUUUUGGUAAUGAUGCAAAAGACACAAACAUUCCUGUAGAAGUCUGGAGAUAUUAUUUACUAACUAACAGACCAGAGGUAUCUGACACACUAUUUACAUGGUCUGAUUUGCAAGCAAAACUUAACAGUGAGUUGCUCAAUAAUUUGGGCAACUUCAUUAAUCGAGUUUUGAGUUUUAUUGCUAAACCUCCAGGAACAGGAUAUGGUUCCAUUAUUCCAGAUGCUCCAAAUGCAGACUCACAUCUCCUGACAAAGAAAUUGGCUGAAGAAGUUGGUAAAUAUGUGGAGCAAUAUGUUGAAGCUAUGGAAAAGGUCAAAUUAAAGCAAGGACUGAAAACUGCAAUGAGCAUUUCUAGUGAAGGGAAUGCAUAUUUGCAAGAAAGCCAAUUCUGGAAGCUUUUCAAGGAAGACCAAUCUUCAUGUAAUAUAGUUAUGAGGACUUCUGUAGGACUUGUAUACCUUCUUGCUUGUUUAUUAGAACCCUUUAUGCCAUCUUUCUCUUUUGAGGUUUUCAAGCAGCUUAAUUUUCCUCCUGAGAAAGCUUCACUUUGUGAUGAAAAAGGAGAUAUUGAUAGGGCAAAGAGACCUUGGGAGUUUCUACCUCCCAAUCAUAAAAUUGGGACACCAGAGCCAUUGUUCAAGGAACUGAAAGAUGAGGAAGUGGAUUUCUUCAGGAAGAAAUUUGCUGGAAGUCAAGCUGAGAGGGCAGAAGCCGAAGCGGCAAAGGUUGCUGAGCAACUGAAGAAGACUAAAGUUUCGGAUGGUAACGGGAAGAAGCAACAGAUCAAAAAGCCUUCUGCCAAAGCCAAAUCAAAGAGCACUGUUGAGCCAGAAAUCUCCAUCACUAGACUUGAUAUUCGUGUUGGCCUAAUUAAGAAAGCUCAGAAGCAUCCCGAUGCUGAUUCGCUAUAUGUGGAAGAAAUCGAUGUCGGGGGAGGAGAGACUAGAAAAGUUGUUAGUGGACUAGUCAAUUACAUACCUCUAGAAGAGAUGCAGGAUCGUAAGGUCUGUGUCCUUUGUAACUUAAAGCCUGCAACCAUGAGGGGUAUCAAGUCACAGGCUAUGGUUCUUGCUGCUUCCAACAGUGACCACACAAAGGUUGAGUUGGUUGAUCCACCUGAAUCUGCUGCUGUUGGAGAGAGAGUUACAUUUCCUGGGUUUGAAGGUGAGCCGGAUGAUGUCCUAAACCCUAAAAAGAAGGUCUGGGAGACACUGCAAGUGGAUCUCCAAACGAACACAGAUCUAGUAGCCUGCUAUAAAGAUAUUCCGUUCACCACGUCGGCUGGUGUAUGCAAGGUUGCAUCCAUUCAAAGUGGAUCAGUAAGGUAGAUAGCAUAAAUUAUUGGAAGUCACGGUAGAAAGCCCCAGAUUUUGACUCAUUGCUUUUUCUCUUAGUUCGCCAUGCAUUUCCAAUUUUAAGUAAAAUCGACUUUUCUUCAUGAGUGAACCAUACAGAAAUGCUAACAGGAAGAAUGGAAGUGCUUCGUGUAUUGCCAUUUUUGUAAGGGUAUUUAACUAAAUGUUCAGGAGGCUUGUUAAAAUUAACUAGUUAGUCCCUUCUGUUUGAAAACUUAAUAAUUUAGUUCUUAAUGAUUAAAAUUGUUAACAAA